AUGGGCCAGAGUCUCCAUUCCUUGCCAACGUUCAAAAAUUUCGAGGCACGUAUCAGCACCGAUUGGAACUUUCGUCCUGCCAACAUCCAGGUUUUCUCGCUGGAUUUUCUCGCCAUUUUAUCGAGCUGGAGAGCAAGGUUUGGAACUCCGCUCUGGAUUACAAGUGACCAAGGACGGCAAUUCGAAUCUCACUUAUUUAAGGAAUUGAACAACCUUCUCGGAACGAAGCAUCUUCGGACAAGUGCUUAUCACCCAGCUUCCAAUGGUUUGGUCGAACGCCUUCACCAUCUGCUAAAAGCAGCUAUUAGAUGUCAUGCAAAUGAGAGAUGGACAGAGACUCUACCCAUAAUAUUACUAGGUCUAAGAGCAGCUUGGCGAGAAGAUCUACAGGCAAUAGUAGCAGAAGUAUUAUAUGGAGAGAGCCUACGACGUCUUGGAGAAUUCUUGGCACCGAAGCCAAAUUUGCAACAACAAAAUGAAACUUCUGAGUUCGUGCGGCAGAUAAGAAAGUACUUCCAGGAUCUUAGCCCUGUAGGACGUACAAGUUAUAACAAACAUAAGCCAUUUGUGUUCAAAGAUCUUGCCACUACAGAUCAAGUGUUUCUACGCCGCGACAAACCUGGAGGUUUGUUCGACUUGCCAUAUGAUGGGCCAUACUCUGUCAAUAGCCGCAACGACAAGACCUUUGAUGUCAGUAUCAAAGGCAAAAGCAUCACCGUUACCAUUGACAGACUGAAGCCAGUUUAUACAAUCGCGGAAGAGGAUUUGCAGAAAGAAGCAGCAACUCAUCAUUAA